GGCUGAGUCCACAUCAUGGGACUACAAUUCCAAAAUAUUUUCCACGACUGUAUUCUAAAAUACUGGACAGUCAUCUUAAUGAAGAAAGUUCUGACAUGCGGCUGGGGGCUGGUGGUCAUCACCAGAGGGGAGACGGCAGGAGUGGAGCUGGCAGAGAUCCUAGCAGGCUGCGUUUCCUUUGCUCGCUGGUCUUCCCUGAAGCAGGAACGCAUUUCGUACACACCUCCCGAGAGCCCGGUGCCGAGUUACGCCGCCUCCACCCCGCUUCAUGUUCCAGUGCCUCGAGCGCUCAGGAUGGAGGAAGAGUCGAUCCGCCUGCCCGCGCACCUGCGCUUGCAGCCAGUUUACUGGAGCAGGGAUGACGUAGCCCAGUGGCUCAAGUGGGCUGAAAAUGAGUUUUCUUUAAGGCCAAUUGACAGCAACACAUUUGAAAUGAACGGCAAAGCGCUCCUGCUGCUGACCAAAGAGGACUUUCGCUACCGAUCUCCUCAUUCAGGUGACGUGCUCUAUGAGCUCCUUCAGCAUAUUCUGAAGCAGAGGAAACCUCGGAUCCUUUUCUCACCGUUCUUCCACCCUGGAAACUCUGUUCACACACAGCCCGAGGUACUGCUGCAUCAGAACCACGAUGAAGAUAACUGUGUCCAGAGGACGCCCCGGCCCGCCGUGGAGACGGUGCACCACAACCCUCCCACCAUUGAACUCUUGCACCGCCCCAGGUCGCCCAUCACGACCAAUCACCGGCCUUCUCCCGACCCCGAGCAGCGGCCCCUCCGGUCCCCCCUGGACAAUAUGAUCCGACGCCUCUCCCCGGCUGAGAGGGCCCAGGGACCGCGGCUCCACCAGGAGAACAACCACCAGGAGCCCUACCCUCUGUCCGUGUCUCCCAUGGAGAAUAAUCACUGCCCGCCGUCCUCCGAGCCUCACCCGAAGGCCUCCAGCCCGCGGCAGGAGAGCACCCGCGUGAUCCAGCUGAUGCCCAGCCCCAUCAUGCACCCUCUGAUCCUGAACCCCCGGCACUCCGUGGAUUUCAAGCAGUCCAGGCUCUCCGAGGACGGCCUGCACCGGGAAGGGAAGCCCAUCAACCUCUCCCAUCGGGAGGACCUGGCCUACAUGAACCAUAUCAUGGUCUCUGUGUCGCCGCCUGAAGAACACGCCAUGCCGAUCGGGAGAAUAGCGGACUGUAGACUGCUUUGGGAUUACGUCUAUCAGUUGCUUUCUGACAGCCGGUACGAAAACUUCAUCCGAUGGGAAGACAAAGAAUCCAAAAUUUUCCGGAUAGUGGAUCCCAAUGGACUGGCUCGGCUGUGGGGAAACCACAAGAACAGAACAAACAUGACCUAUGAGAAAAUGUCCAGAGCCUUGCGCCACUACUACAAACUAAACAUUAUCAGGAAGGAGCCAGGACAAAGGCUUUUGUUCAGGUUUAUGAAAACCCCAGAUGAAAUCAUGAGUGGCCGAACAGACCGUCUGGAGCACCUUGAGUCCCAGGAGCUGGAUGAACAAAUAUACCAAGAAGACGAGUGCUGAGGGCACCCAGGGUCGCCUCGGCAGCAGGCCAGCGGCAAGGGAGCCUGCACACCAGGACUGCCGGGGGCGUGAGGGAGCAGGCGGGCUGGGGACAGCUGCAGAAAGAGACCAGAGCAGCAGGAGCGCUUCCUUGCAGGCCAGGAUGGACCGGAGCACCUUAGACAAACCACCCAGCAAUGGCGGGGCUGGACUCUGGCAGAGGGCACGAGCCUAGGACUGGAGUGGCACAUUUCUGUCCCCUUGGGAGUCUCGCCACCUGUAACUCCUUGCCCGUACCCUUCCAGAUAAUGUUGUUCAUCCCAUGGUGUUUUUUGUUUUUUUAAGAACAUGCAGUUUGACUUUUCAUCCUUCAUAUAGGGGAAGACAUCGGAUGUUGUUUUCCUAUGGAAAUAUAUAUCUAUUAUAUAUCUAUUUUUGCAAAUCUCAUAAAGUACGGCCAGCCCGGCUUGUCAGGAAAGAGAAUAGUUGCAGAAAGGAUCAGGUUCCUCUUUGCUGCCACGCAGGUCAGGUCUGUUCCUGUUGCAGUUGGGUCUUGGCAGAAAAAAAGAAAAAAAAAAAGAUGCUUCUGAAAAUGAUCAUGUGAAAAGGAGAGCUCUUCCCUCCCUCUCUCUCUCUCCCCUUUCCUCCCUGGCUCCCUGUGUCUUCCUGCCUGCCUGCUGUCACACUUCACAUGCCUUUCUGCAGAGUUCAGCCUCUUGAGUCUUAGGGAUCAUUGGCGCCUACACAGAAUCAGCGACCUGAUUGGGGCGCCUGGUGGCCAGCGACAGAGACUCCAGCCCCCAUUCUGGCACUAGCUGCCCAUCUGAGGGAGGCCAGAAACCUCAUAGAUGCUGCUGUGCUCCGAAAAGAUAGGUGCCGUUCCAGUGCGCCGCCCCUGAGAAGGCUAAGAGCUGCACAGCUAAGGCAGGAGAUAAGACAGGCCGCCCCAGGAGCUCGGGAUUAGCUUGCAAGUGCUGCAAAGUAGAAAAUACCAGAAGACCACACAGGCCUGGUGGUUCAGAGACUGGAGAGAAAUACCCUGCAUUGGGGAUUUAUCUUUCUGAAACAACUUAUUAAGGAGAGCGAGAAAGAAAAGCUCCUCUUGCUCCAUUCCAAGGGCCAUCUUGUGGUCAUUUAUGUGCCCUCCAUGAAUGUGUUUUUUCCAGUUCUGAGUCUUCUUUAAAAUUUCCUGCUCUGCAGUGAACACUGAUGAGGGGAGGAUCCCAGCAUGCAGUCCCAGAUGCAACUGCUGUUUGCCCAGCCUGGACAAACAGGAAAUUCCUCAGAUCCAUUAUAUUUUCCUUCCUUCAUUGCUGUAUUUCAGAAAAGAGUCAUUUGUGGCUCUCUUUCACCUCAAAAUAAGGUUGGUAGUGUUAUAAAAGGAGAGUAGUGCCACCCUUUAAUACUUUUAAUGAUAGCAGGUAUUUUUAGAGAACUGUUUUAGAGUCUCUUUCCUUUUCUACCCAUCUAUAUUGAUUCUUCCAAUACAGACAGGUUCAGACCUCCCAUAUUUGGAGUGCAGACUUUUGUAAUCCACAAGAUUAGGCCUGCCUUACAAGUCACCUCCUCUCUGGUCCUCUGUUUUCCCUACCUGUUCAGCGAGCAUCUCCAGCUCUGCUAUUACCAGCUGCCAGUUGAGCAGAUCCCAGGUUUGUCCUCCACCGUUUCUGCAUUGAGUCAGGCACAUAGAGGCUGGGGGCAUGCAGGCAGGAGGAAUCCAUCCUGGCAUCCCGGGCCUUACUGCCAAGGGCACCAGCCUGCGGGGCAAGCAGGUGGACCAUGGUUCCAAGACACUGGAAUGAGAAGCUUUUUGGGGCUCUUCAGUGUGGCUCUGCACCUGUCUCUUACAGACCACAGGUGGACACACAGGGGUGGCAAGCCCACUCUUUCUGUCACAUGCCUCCCCAUCUGCCCUCUGUAAGUCAGGGACCUUGUGUGUGGCUCAAGGGCCUCACUGUGAAAGGUUUGGUCUUGGCCUGCUUGGAUGGUGAUGCAAUUCUGCUGGAUCCCAGGAUGCUACAGAUGUCCCUCGAGAGUGUUCGGGUGAUAAUGUUUCUCUCCAAGAUGACUGGUACUGUAUCUCAAAUAGAGAGAUUGAGCCAAAAAAAAAAAAAAAAAAAA